CGUCAACAUUGUCAACACUGUCAAUAUAGAAUCGAAAAUUCACUGAAAAAAUUUAUUAAGUAAUUACGCACAGUAUAAUUUUUUUGUAUUUUUUUUACGAUUAUUUUCACGUAAAUGUCAACAAAAUGCUACAAACAAUGCCUGAUAUGGAGGGAAACAUGCUCCGAUACAAAUUCUUUGAUCACGAUUCUGUUUUACGCGAGUACGAGACCAUCGUGAGGAGCUUGAGAGAGGAACUGAAUGUUUGUAAGACGGAGCAAAAUAAACUACGCUUGGAAAUGGAAAAUCUUCAAAAAGAGAAUCAAAGCACAAACGACAAUAUUCGUCACUUAUUGACAGACAAUAAUCAUGAAAACUGUGACAAUGUCGCGUUAAAUAAAGAAGCAGUUACGAAUCUCGAAAAACGCGUCACGAUUUUGCAAAUGGAAAAAGAAUCGGUAUUCCAGCUGUGGCAGAUGGCCUUGAAAGCUAUUGACGUUUUAGAGGAAGAGACCAAAACAUUCAGGAGGGAAGAUAAAAACGUGCACAUCCACCAGGAGCAAAUUAAUAACAUCAAAGAAACGUACUCUGACGCGAUAAAGGUACUGGAGUCGAAACUAAUCGAGGCCAAAGAGAAUUUUUUUCAGCAACAAGUGCUUUGGGAAAAGAGUCAAGAUAAAAUCGAUCAGAUGACCAAAGAAAGGGACGAUCUGCUUCAACAACUCAAUAAUUUCAAACAGCAGAUUUCUGAAAAAGAGAAACAACACGACGCUGUUGUGGAAUCGCUAAAGGUAAAUUUGAGUUGCACCAAAAGCGAGCUUGAACAGAUAAAAGUGUUGAAAAUAGAUUUAGAACACAAGUUAAAGGACGCGCAGAAAUUUGCCAAUACCAUGCUUUCUAAAGAUAUUGAAGCUAAAAGUAAGGUGUCGGAGGCUGUCGAUUUGGUGGAAUCAGCUGUCAAAGAGAGAAAAGAGAUUUUACAGAGGGAAGCCAAAGUUCUUGAGGAAAAGGUGAAACUGGAAACGUACUUGGCCAAGCUGUCAGAAGAAUAUGCUGGUCGUUUCGAAAGAGAAUCGUUAAAGACCAAAGAAACUUACAACAAAAAUUUAAAAAAGUACUUGUUAGAGAUCAAGGAACUGAAAGCUGAGUUGAAGGAUAGAGCGAUACUGUUGGACAGGUCCCAAAGAGAGCAGAGACUUUUGGAGGAGGAAUUGGAAAGAAUCAGACAGGGUUCGGAUAAUUUUUUCCAAAAGACACACGCAAAAGUAACAAAUCUUCAACAAAAGAUGUGUGAAAAAGAGUACAAGUCACAGCCAAACAAAGAGGGUUUUAAAUUAAUAUACGACGACAAGAUUCAAUUUUUGGAAAGUCAGAUCAAUCAUCUGCAAGAAAAGUUGUCGAAUACUAGUGACAAAUUGAGACGAGUGAAUAUGCAGAGCUGCAGAGAUGUGGAAGAUCAUGUGCGAGAGGCAGACGACCGCACACGGGAGAUCAUGGACAAAUGCUCGAACUUUGAGAGACAGUUGUCUCGGGCCCUCAUCGAUAAAGACAAUUUAGCGUCUAGUUUGCAUGCCUUGGAGGUGACUUUUGCUAAAGAAUUGCAAAAGAGAAAUCAAGAAAAAUUACUGCUCGAAAACAAGAUUCGAAAUUUGCAGGAUAGAAUCGUUAAUCCUGAUACUAUUUUUCACGAGUCAAGGAUAUUUUCCGAUGGUACAUCAAAUAGAAAAAAUACCGAUCAGCAGACUUUGAUGAAUUUUGAUUCUAUGGGAAAUACGUUGGCUAUUCAGGAAAAAUAUGAAAGAAAAACAAAAGAACUUACUCAACUUGUUGAAACCCAUCAAAAAUUGAGUAACAAAUGGAAAGAAGAGGCUAAUUUACUGACAUCAAAAUUUCAAAAACGCACUCAAGAAUUCAGAAAUAAAGUAAAUACUUUACAAAAACAAAAUGAUGACUUAACCAGAGAAUUACUUUUCUAUCAACAACUGCUUGCUCGGUGUAAUACGCAAUUCAUUCAAAAUCAUAAAAUAGAUUCUGAAGACAGGUGACAAAUGCUUAAAGUUUAAAGUUGAAAUG